AUGGCAAUCAAUCAACCGAAGCCUCCACGUAUCGUGUCCUCUCGUGCAAGCGCAGUUCUCAACACCUCGCCAGAGUCAAUGACAUGGGACGUCAAUCUUCUUGCUGCUUGGUUGCUACUCCUUCGUGAUUAUUACGGGGAGGAAACACCCGGAUUCAAGUUGCUCAGACCAACAAGCAGUGGAACUCUCGACUGGACUCAGAUACCCAAGGGUCUUAAAGCCCAGAGCAUAUCGAUGUCCAUCAAACCAGAAGACUCAGUGACUACGAUUCAACGUCUGGUAUCCGAGGAGUUUGAAAGAGAAAAUGAUGGCGACUCACCUGGAUUGACUUACCAUACCGGUGUUCUGACUCUACGAGAUGAUGAAGUCAAGAAUUUUGGGUCCCAACAGCAGAUACUCAAAAUCUUUGAGGGCCUGAAUUUGGAAUUGCUCUUGACUGUUGUUAAAUCAGGGAAAGAAUCUACGGUUAGCGUUUGGGGCAAUUCCUCCAGCCAGCGAGCAUUCAGUCCCUGCAGGGUGCUGAGAAGUUUCACACAAGUCUUUGAACGUGUUUCUUCUCAGCAGAGCACCCAGGUUGAUGAGAUUGAGUCAAUCACUGAUCUCGACAUUGAGAAGAUGCACUCCUUUAAUUUCAAGACAGACUGCAAGAAAGUCAAGGAUCCGGAGUGCCUCCAUGCUCUCAUCAACACACACUAUACGGAGCAUCCUGAAAAGAUUGCACUCUCGUCGACAGCAAAGGAUAUGACAUAUCAUGAACUUGGCCAGAUAUCAGCAGCAAUCGCACAUUUUCUUGGCAAGAGAGGUACCAGGCCAGGAGACGUGAUUGGAAUUUGCCUGGAGAAGUCUGUUUGGACAAUUGCUACAUUGCUCGGGGUUCUUCGCGCUGGGGCUGCAUAUGUUCCUAUGGACCCAUCCUACCCACCCAAUCGCGUCCGUCAAAUCAUUGAGCAAGCCGAUAUCCGUCGAAUAGUGGCAAACGAAACAAUACAAGAUAAACUCGGAGACAUCAAUGCAGAUAUCAUCUUUUUACCAACGAUCGAGGAUUUGGAAAUUCCGGACGACUGGACCAAAGAACUGGACAUGAGCGUCCACAAUCCAGCAUAUAUCAUCUUCACCUCUGGCAGCACCGGGAUUCCGAAAGGGGCUGUGCAGCAACACCAGGCGGUUUCAAUUAGCUUGAUUGAGUGCAUAGAGGCGUUUGGAGUUGACCGCUCGACUCGGUUCAUGCAAUUUUCCUCUCUAGCAUUUGACGCUAGUAUUAUGGAGCUGUGGUCACCUCUCGUUGCAGGAGGCUGUGUAUGCGUGCCUUCUGAGGAAGAAAGAAGCAGCGAUCUGGAGAUGACAAUGCGGUCACUCAAAGUGACAGAUGCGUGGCUCACAGCUGGACUCGCGAAGCAGCUACGACCAGAGAACUUACCCGACCUGAGAAGGCUUUCAGUGGGAGGCGAAGCCCUCUCUGAAGAUGUGUUAAGAACAUGGAGCGACAAAGUCCAAUUGAAUAACGUUUAUGGCACCACGGAGACUGGCGUCUGGGACACUAUGAAAAAUGCUAUGAAAGCGGGUGACAAUCCGAAUAAUAUUGGAAGAGGCAUCGGUAACGUCGCUUGUUGGAUCUCAGAUCCCUCCAACCCUCAAAGAUUGCGACCUGUUGGGGCAGAAGGAGAGCUGCUUAUUCAGAGCUCCUCCUUAGCCCUAGGCUAUUUGAAGGCCCCAGAACUCUCGGCCAGCGUUUUUCUCCAUCCGUCCUCUUUGAAGUGGGGGUCAUUGAUUCCCGCUUCAGAAGGAUCUCGGAUUUAUCGGACGGGUGAUAUGGCAAAAUUCAAUGCUGACGGAGAUAUCGUCUUUGUAGGACGACAGAGCGGGUUCAUCAAGAUACGAGGCCUGCGUGUAGAUCUGAGUGAGGUUGAGCACGCAAUCAACUCGGCGGAUUGCGCACGUCGCUCAGCCAUAGUGCUGCCUGAAGCUGGAGAAGGAGACGUUGAAAUGGUGGCCUUUGUCGAAACAACAGCCAACUACCAAUCCAGGCUCGUGGAUGAUAUGCACGAUCACUUGUCUGAAACUUUGCCAACAUACAUGAUCCCCAGCGUAUUCAUCCCGAUGGAAAAGCUGCCCCUGACAACCUCGGGAAAGCUGGAUCGACAGCGACUUCGAAGCGAUCUAUCAAGAAUGAGUCAGAAGAGUCUUCAAUCGUUUCGUAGAGGAGGUGGUGGUGGUGGCGGUGAUGGUGCAACGACAUUCUCGAAGAUACCAGCCACCAGGUCGGCGGCAAUCGAGAUCAGUUGCAUGGUUGCCGACCAACUCUCAAACAGAGACGAAGCCUACGCAAACUCACUUCGUGGAAAGAAUUUUCCCCUGGAGACUGUUGGCUUGUCGUCCAUGCGAUUGGCCUCUCUGACGACUUUGUUAAGGAAGAAGUUCAACAAGAAAAUCAAGAUUGGCGACUUGCGGCGGCAAGCAUUAACGGUGUGCGAUGUCGAAGACCUUGUCUCGGAGAAUAAACACGAGCACCCUGACGACAAUGAGGCACGAAAUCUGAUUGAUGAUCUCACUAAGCUCAAGCCCAAACUCCACUUCGGCUCUUCAAGGAGAAAGACUAUCUUUCUCACUUCGAUCACUGGCUUCUUGGGCAGUCAAAUUUUACGAUCUCUUCUUCAAAGCCCAGAAAUUGAGCAUAUCAUCGGCCUGGUACGAGCAAAGAGCAAAGAGGAGGCAAUGGAAAAGGUCGAACACCAAGCAAAGCUCGGGAAAUGGUGGAAAUCGGCGUUUCGCAAUCGCAUUGAAAUUUGGUUGGGUGACCUGAGCAAACCGCAAUUCGGCCUAGAAGUUUCCCAGAGGAGCCGACUUUGGGGAAGAGAUGACUAUAGACCAGUGGAUGGAAUCAUUCACAAUGGAGCCAGGGUCAACUGGAUGGAGAGUUACCAAGAACUGGAGUUGGUCAACGUUCACAGCACCAUUGAUAUUUUGUCUGGUCUUUCGGAAAUGGAGUCCCCCUGUCCACUGAUCUACAUCUCCGGUGGCUACAUGCCAAGUGAGCAUGAAUCGAUCUAUGAAAUUGCGCAAAAGCUCUCGAGCGCGCCAGGGUACGAUCAGACAAAGUUCGUGUCUGAAUUGCUCCUGGGAGAAUACAACAAGCACCUGGACAAAAGUAAACGACACGCCCCGAAAGCGCGAACGAUUAUUCCGGGCUUUAUUGUGGGAACACGCCAAGAGGGUAUCGCUCACCAAGAAGAUUUUCUGUGGAGACUCUCUUUCAGCAUUUCUCGCCUUCAAGCCGUGAGUAUGGAUCUUCUCACUCAUAUCAAUGUUGCUGGCGUGGAUCAAGUGUCCGAUCUCGUUUCGGAUGCCCUUCUACAACCAGACCGGUAUUCCACGACCACCAUCAAAUGUUACGAUGGAGUCAAUAUCUCGACACUCUGCAACAUUCUUGAAGACAAGCUGGACAUCCAGAUCAGGAAGGUCGAGCAUGCGGAGUGGAUGAGGAUCUUGCGGACUGACAUAGAUGAGGCGGACUUUGACCAUCCAUUUGCACCUGUGUUUGAAUGGUUGCAAUCAAACUCCCUGGGCACCCCAUCUCAAGGUUCCCUUUUCAAUGAAGAAGACAUCGUGAAAGCUCUGGAGAGAAGUGUGGAGUAUUUGAAAGGAACAGGGUACUUUUCGGAUGAGAAUCAUAGAUCGGGAACAAGAAAGGCUGAUAGAUUUACCCGGUCAUCCUGUUGA